AUGGCUCUGCCAAAAUCUAUGAGCAGCGAUCACAUAUCCAUGGCCGAAAAUUCUGCAAAACAGGUGCGAUGGUCCAUUGACCUGGAAGAAGUAUUUUACUUCACACCACAAAAGCCUCGUAGGAAAAGCAUCACUGAAAGAUUACGAGAUUUUAAGGAAAAGGCGAAUGACUACUUGGCUGAUAGAACAUUUCUCCCUAAAGUGCACUUUAUAAACAGAGGUUCGCGCCGAGACUCGACGUUUAGGAGAUAUUCAGUGGACUUAGAGGCCGACCUUAACAGACAGUGGGACGAACUGUUUAAGCUAUACAGCGAGCGAGUAAUCAGUGACUAA